AUGGUAGCUAAAGAUUGGGGCUACUGUUACAACUACACUAAAUCUAUAAAUGGAAGGAUUUGGCUUUUAUGGAAAACACAUCUGACAGUUAAGGUACUCCAAAUACAUGAACAAUUCAUUCAUUUCUUAGUGGAAGAUGAAGCAACAAAUUUCCAGAUUAUGUUGACAGCAGUAUAUGCUAGGAAUAAGGUGCAGGAAAGGGCAAGUCUAUGGCAUGAAUUACAGAUACUAGGUGGUCAGAUUCAAAUACCAUGGUUUAUCAGUGGGAAUUUCAACAAUGUGUUAACCACUGAUGACAGAAUAGGACAACCAGUAACAACUAGUGAGGUGCAGGACUUCAAGCAGUAUAUUGAUAACAUGCAACUGACCCCACUAAGAACAAAGGGGUGCUUCUUCACCUGGUGCAACAAACAUCAUGCUAGUGAUAGAGUAUACAGUAAAAUUGAUUGGGCUUUUGGAAACAUCAGUUGGACUCAGACAUAUGGACAUCUAGAAGCAGAUUUUUUGGAACCUGGAGUAUCUGAUCACUCCCCAAUUGUAAUUAAAUUAUGGAAGAGAAGAACUAUCUACCCAAAGCCAUUCAAGUUAUACAUGUUGACAAUGGACCAUAAAGACUUCAAUCCUAUGGUGAAUAAAGUAUGGGAACAACAGGAAAGGCAUGAUCCUAUGGCACUCAUAUGGCUGAAGCUAAAAAGAUUAAAAGAUGAGGCUAAGGGUCUGCACAAGACUAUGACAAGCUAUGAGAAGCAGAAUAUGAGUGAUUUGGAGAAAUGGAGUACAAUAGAAGAAACAAUCUUGAGCUAUGUGGGAAAGGCUAAUGGAUUAAUGCCAUGCCCUAAUACUAGUAUCAUAAAAGCAGGCAACUACCUCACAUUACAACAUCAACAGGAACUGAUAAUGGAUAUAACUCAUGAAGAGAUUGAUGAAGCAAUUAGGGAUAUGCCAACGGAUAAAGCCCCUGGAGUGGAUGGGAGAAUGAUGCCAGCAUGGAAUUGUACUGCUAUUACACUGAUUCCUAAGGUCCCAGCUCCAUCUAAAGUGAAAGAUUAUAGGCCUAUAGCAUGUUGUACUGCAUUGUAUAAUGUUGUUGCUAAGAUACUGACUAGAUUAAUAAAGAGAGUGAUAGAGAAGUUCAUCCAUUGGGUAAUGGAAUGUGUUUCUACUGUGUCCUACUCAUUGGUGCUCAAUGGUGGCCUUACCAAACCAUUCCAGGCCAAGAGAGAGAUUAGGCAAGGAGACCCCAUGUCUCCCUACCUAUUUGUCAUUGCAAUGGAGUACUUACAAAGAGAGAUGAAUCAGCUACCUGCCAUAAAGGCAGACAUAAACUCAGUAACCAAAAUGCAAGAAACCUUUCAAAGAUUUUCUGCUGUAUCUAGCCUUCAGGCAAAUGCAGACAAAAGUUCCAUGUACAUUGUUGGAGUACACCAGGACAUCAAAGCCUCAUUGCUUAGCCUGACAGGAUAUACAGAGGGAUCAAUUCCUUUCAAGUACCUGGGAGUUCCCUUGUCUGCCAAGAAGUUAAACAUUCACCAAUGUUUGCAAUUGGUGGAGAAGAUCACUGAAAGAACUUAUUGGGCUCAAAUAUUCAUACUGCCUAAGAAGAUUAUGAAGAUGAUUGAAACAAUUUGCAGAACAUUCCUUUGGACUAGCUCAAGUGCUACAACGAGGAAAGCACUGAUAGCUUGGGACAAAGUCUCUCAACCAAAAGCAGCUGGGGGAUUAAACAUUAUCAAUAUGAGGCUAUGGAAUAAAGCAGCAAUCCUGAAAUAA